AUGGCAAGGAAGAGCAAGGGUCGGCAGAAGGUCGAGAUGACUAGAAUGUCGAAAGAAAGCAACCUGCUGGUGACCUUCUCAAAGCGGCGUUCCGGCCUCUUCAAGAAGGCAAGCGAACUCUGCACCCUCUGCGGGGCCGAAAUCGCCAUAAUCGUCUUCUCUCCUGGCAAGAAAGCCUUCUCAUUCGGGCACCCCUGCGUGGACACCAUCAUCGACCGGUUCCUGAGCCGGAGUGCUAGCACCGGCAGCGGAGCCACUGCCCAGAUGGUGGAGGCGCACCGCAAUGCGAGCGUGCGGGAACUGAACGCGCAGCUGACGGAGGUGAUGAACCAGUUGGAGGGGGAAAAGAAGCGGGGAGAAGAGCUGAUGGGCGGGAAGGCGAGGAAAGAGAGGUGUUGGUGGGAGGCUCCCAUUCAGGAGCUUGGGAUGCAGCAACUGGAGCAGUUGAAGGCGGCGAUGGAGGAUCUGAAGAAGAAUGUGACCAAACAAGUCGAGAAGGCCGCCGCUGCUAACAACAACAACAAUAACGUCAACGUCGCUCCUCCUUCCUUCUUCAUCGGGAGCUCAAGCUCCACCGCCGCUGAUGUUGACGUUAAGCUGUCUGCUGGACAUGGCUUGGGUCUCUCCAUGACUCCACAAGGCUACACUCUAGGCUAUGGCUACGGACGUGGCUUCUUCUGAUAUAUUUAUAUUAUUAUAUAUAUUUGCA